AUGAAAAUGAGAGUACGCGUUGGAUUUUUUCUUCUAGCCUUUCUCGGCUUCUUCUCUGCUUUUAGCUCGGCUAUGAAAUGUCCUGGCGUUGCUCAUUACAAGCUCAGUUUCUACGGCAAAUGGAGUACCAUGACUCACCCGAAUGCUGUUCCGACAAAGGGCUUUCCUAUGUUUUCACCUUGGGUCGGCGCCUCUCACGUUGCAGAUUACUCCAUGUGGAAGCCAGGAAUGAUGGCUUCAAAAGGCGUACAACAAGUUGCUGAGACAGGUACAUUGUUUUUGUGAAACUAUUUUCUAAUUCUUUCGUAUUUCGUCAAUACUGGAUCGUUCACAUGCAAACGUUGUCCAGCCAUGUAACAACCACUGCUGUCCAAAUUUUAUCGAAAGACGCAGACUAUAAAGAUCUGAGUAUGUUUUAAACGUCUGCUGGAGUUGAGGCACUCUUUCGUUUUUAAACCGCCAGAGGCGUCAUGAGAACCAUAAAAGGCUGACUUUGCGACUCAUUUUAAUUAACAUUUUGUUCAUUAUUCCAAAUAGUUUUUUCGUUUUCUCCUCGACCUCUGUUCCUUCUAUUUCAGGGUUUUUUUGUAGUCUAAUUUACACCUUGAGAAGACGAUGUAAAUUGCUUGUUACAUUUCCUUAUUUCAGCAAGAAACUUUCACAUGGUGCCGGAUCUACGGAUUCUUUAUCCAUGAUCAGUGCCUGUUGUCAUGAUCUGAAGUAAACUGCUUGGGUAUUUGGUGACGUUACCCACUAUACUUGUAUGAAAUUGGUUCAACAUAAAACAGUUCUCCUCAUCCAAAAAAUUCUGUCACGUUUAUAAUGACUAUAGGCAAAGACCGCUGCUACUUAAGAUCAAAAGUUGAGUAGCUCAUUUGCCUUCAUGUCCCAUCAGGUAAUUCGUCACUCCUGCGAGAUGAACUCAUGAUGCGUAUGAUGUACAACAAGACAGUGUGGAAACUGAUCCAACAACAGGGCGGUCCCAUAAACGGCACAGACAUGGUGGAGGGCAUUGAUGUUGAGGUCACGGCCGACUAUCCUUACGUGUCGCUGAUUUCCAUGAUCAUCCCCUCUCCUGAUUGGUUCAUAGGAGGCGACUCUAUAAACCUUUGUAAUAAUGGAAACUGGCGUGACAGUUGGAACGUAGCAAUGCUGCCGCCAUGGGAUGCUGGGACUGAUAGUGGAACCACGUUCACCGCCGAUGACGUGGAGACAAGUCCCCAAGGGAAUAUCGCUGUUAUCAACACAAUGAUGAACACUUCCUUUAUGAACCUCCAGGGAGAAAUUCCAACCAUGGGCAUGCUGAUGUUUCAAAGAGUCAACAAGCCAACACAGUAUAUGUGCAGCGGAGAGCAGAAGUACAUGCUCAAGUUUGAAGGAAUGUGGACCGAACAGAGGCAACCCAUGGGAUACCCGUCCAAUCCUCGUUUUUCACCUCUCAUCGGUUGCACCCAUAUGUAUAACUACAGGUUCUGGAGUCCCAUGACUAUGGCUUCUAAAGGAGUACAGAUGGUCGCAGAAACAGGUAGAUAAUCAUUUGAUUAACAAUUGUCUUAUUUCAGGCUUGUUUGCAACAUGAUGAAUUGCAUGAUUAACGUCUGUAGUGAUAAAGAUUGGGGAAGAAUGACUUAACGAUCAUUGGGGGUUUAUUUGGCUCAAGUCUUAGCUUAGCUUGAUCUUAUGUGUGUUGUGGUCUUAGACACAGCACUGUUCUCUCAACUGAAAAAGACGAAAGACUUCGGAAUGGGGUAAGAAGGGUGAAAGGUUCUUGGGUGAGUAGCAACAGUGUAAGGUAGCUAUAGUGUAGGGUAUAACAUACGACCUCAAUGCACCUGAAGACACCAGAAAUGUCAACUGUAGUAUCAGAUGCUUUUUGGGGGUCAGGGAGAGGGGUAAAAACGAGAAGUUGGGGGAGGAUAGAGUUUUGCUCCUUUCUUUUCUGCCUACCUUAAAAAAAAUUGUGAUAUUCGGAAUUAAAAAUGGAACAUGCGAAGAAUUUACCUUUCUUUUUUUUGUAUUCAAUCUAAAUUUUUGGCUAUGCUAGGCAACUACUCAACAUUGUACUACGAGCUGAAAAACUUCAUGGAAAAGUAUCAGGGAUACAUUCACAUGAUUUACAAAGCCGAUGGAAUGUCUGGCGCUGCAGAGACUACAACUAUGAUGAUAACAGCGAGUGGCAAGUAUUCCCAAGCCUCUUUCAUCGCCAUGAUUGCUCCCUCUCCUGACUGGUUCGUUGGAGUUCAUGGUGCAGAGCUCUGUGGAAGCGAUGGCAAAUGGAAGGAGAGUAUGUCCAUGUACUUGCCCGCGUGGGAUGCUGGGACAGAUAAUGGAAUGAACUUCACCUCAGAAAAUGCUCCCACUUUGCCGCAGGAUGUUGUCACAGUCAUUACAAAGGACAGCGAAACCGUGCUGAAGGGAAUGAAUGACAUCCCUGCCUUCGCCAAAAUCACCUUCACCAAAUAUACAGCGACCAAUCCACCGGGCUCAGGGGCUCAGGGUAUUUCUGCAGCAGUUGGUACCCUUCUGUCUGUUGCGUUUCUCGCCGUCAUUUGCUUUUUGUCUUAG